CCAACACCAUACCGGUUUGUUCUGUGUUGCUUGCGUCCUUUCUGUUUCUUUUACAUUUACGGUACGGCAAAAUUGGAAAUAUUUCGUUAUAAUACGAGAUGAAAUAACAGUUUUAACUUUAACGGUGACACGGAGAAUGUACAAGAACUGACCCGCCGUGUGUCAAUGAUUAGAUAGAAAUACGGUUUUUUGUGGGUGUUUUUUGGUGUUUUGUAUGGUGAAUUAGUGUUGUGUUAAGUGCCUUUUUGUGUUGUUUUGUGGAUAACCUCUUGGGAUUAUAUUUACACAAACAUGAACUCCUUCAAAUAGAAAGGUGAAAAUUUCCAACAACAUUAAGGAGUAUAACACGGAGUAGAAGAAAUAUAACUACUGAUAGAUACUACUAGAAAUCUGGCUCCAGUUAACAACGUUAUUUAUUAAUGAUUCACGGCAUUGGAAGAGGUGGAAGAAAUUGAACAGCUGCUGAAAAUUUCCAACAACAUUAAGGUUCAGACUACAGUAAUGAACCGUUAGUUCAUCGCAGUAAUAUCAUCACAUUUAAACUACUGCUGAAGAUCCUGUAUGCAAAAGAUUUAAUCGACUGCCAAAGAUCCUGAAUGCAAAAGAAAUAUGAAGUUUUGGAGUUAUUUGCUGAUAUUUCUUAUAAAAGGAUGUCUUGCCAACCUACCACCUCUUUUUACAAUGGACAUGAACAAUUACGUUCUUUCGGAAAAUACUCCAGUGGAUUCUGUGAUAUACACCUUACAAGGAACUGAUCCUGAAAACAGUCAUGUCCAUUACGGAAUGAGCGGUACAGAUACGUUGAGUGUCAAUUCAACGACUGGAGAGGUGACAGUGGUCAAACCGCUGGAUUAUGAGAAAAACAACACACUUAACAUAAUUGUCAGCAUCGAAGAUGAAGUGGAAGGCGGAGGCAAAAACAAUAUCGUGGAAGUUCCUAUAACAGUCAUUAUAUCCGACGAAAAUGAUAACCCUCCGGAAUUCAUUGAGGCGCCCUACGAGUUCACCGUUAACGAAGAUACGUUACCUGGAGCGAAAGUGUUUUCGCACAUUAUGGUGGUAGAUAAAGACACUACAGGUUCCAAUAUAGAGGUGGAAUGCAUUACUCUAUCGAGUGAUCCUGAUGCUUGUGAUGUCUUUAAUGUCGAAGCGAUCAAUUCAGAGCAGAAUUUAUAUACGGGCGCCAUCACGCUCAUGAAGAAACUCGACUACAAUGCCAAGAGCAGUUACCACUUUAUGAUAAAAGCUUCGGAUGGAGAAUUGACAAGUACAACGAAUGUUGAUGUCAAAGUUGGCGAUGUUCAAGAUACCCCUCCAUAUUUCGUUGGUAAUUUGACCGCAGAAAUCAAGGAAGAUGUCUCCAUUAACACUCUCGUUAUGACUGUUCAUGCCGAAGAUGGUGAUCGAGGAAACCCAAGGAAGAUAGUAUAUGAGUUGGUGAACAAUCCCAUGGACUAUUUUCUUUUGGAUUCGAUAACCGGUGAGCUAAGAACAGCGAGACCAAUUGAUAAGGAAUCAAUCGACAACCCUGGGGGUAUUUUGAAAUUUAAUAUAAGGGCCUACGAAGUAGUAAAUGGUAGUAAAAGUAACACCCCUCUAACGGUCUCCACGGCCGAGGCAACCGUUAGAAUAAUAGAUGUCAACGACGAGCCCCCGACAUUUAACAAAAGAGAGUACACAGUGGAAAUUCCGGAGAAUAUUCCAGAGGGUUCUGCCCUGCCAGGGCUGGAUAUGACUGUCAACGAUCCAGAUGAGGAUAGUAACUCAGAGUACUCUCUGGACCUCAUAGACAUCUCUGAAGUAUUCUCGAUCGAGCCAAAGACCGCUUCUGGAUGGACUCCUGUAACCAUACGAGUGGCUAAUAGUUCCUUGGAUUAUGAAGAUCUGAAUCAAAGAAAAUUUAUCAUUCUUGCGGUUGCGAAAGAGCUCCGUACACAAGAAAAACUUUCGUCCACGGCCACAGUCACAAUAACUGUUGUGGACGUUAAUGAUAAUGCCCCCAGCUUCGAUCAAGAAGCAUAUUCAGCAACGAUUUCGGAAGUAGCUACACCAGGAACUUUGGUUACCACUAUAACUGCCAGCGACAGAGAUAGCGGAUCCUUUGGAGAAAAUGGAAUAGUUUACAAGCUCUUUGGCAAUGGAGCUGAUAAGUUUAAUGUCAAUAGUAAAACAGGGACUAUAACUGUAGCCGAAUGUGAACACCUAGGAAAAUCCCCAUGCUUGGACUAUGAAACCAAUCCGGAAUUCCAACUUCAAUUUAUGGCAGUCGACGAUGACGGCAAAGGGCAGACAUCCACGGUCCCCCUCAAAAUCCAACUAACCGACAGCAACGACAAUCCGCCCGUAUUCAGCCAGUCCAUAUACAGGGCUUUCAUCAACGAAGGCUCGGCCAAAUUUCAGCCUGAAUUGAUAGUGGAAGCGGCCGAUGCUGACAAAACGUCCAGAGUGACGUAUUCAAUCAUUUCGGGAAACGAUGAUGGAUUGUUCAGCGUUGUUCCUACCACUGGAGUGAUUAGAAUUAUGAAUAAUAGAGGACUGGAUAUAAGUAAUGAGACGGACAACGUUAUUUCCCUUACUGUGAUGGCAAGUGAUGGACAGUAUACGUCAACCGCUGUUGUGAAUAUCACAGUACUGGAUGUGAACAACAAUGCGCCAAUAUUUACAAGACAUCACUAUGUAGAAAGUGUUUUAGAAGACGUUCCUAUUGGUACAUCUGUGAUGAGGGUAGAAGCUACAGAUGCCGAUACUGGUAUAAACGCCGCCAUAGAGUACUUUAUGCAAAAGGGCGCAUACGAAGACUUCAAAGUUGACAACGCUUCUGGCGUUAUAUCAGUAGCAAAGAAACUCGACUACGACAGAAGAAAUACCUACAACAUCGAAUUGGUUGCCUUAGACCAUGGAGUUCCUAGUUUGACAGGAACUACAGAAGUUACUAUUACUGUUGUUAAUACAAAUGAUAAAGAUCCUUAUUUUGUGCCUGCAACACAGACUGCUGAGGUUAUGGAAGAUGCUGCAGUGGGAACCGUCGUCUACACCUUAAUUGCUCUUGAUCCAGACGUCAAUUCUUCCGACGCUCUAAAUUUUGCAGCUACUGAGCCAAUAACAGCGUUGGACAAGCACGGACAAGAGGUCAUAGGCAACGAAAACUUCAAAGAAUUCUUCUCAGUAGAUAAAUUUACUGGAAAGGUUACGGUAGUGAAACCUUUACUUCGAGAUUUAGCUGCUAUAAUCAGAAUAACCGUUUUGGUCAGUGAUAUCACUGCUCCGAGUAUACAACAAGGUCAGGGGCUACUGAUAAUAACUAUCGGUGAUGUGAAUGACUCACCUCCUGUGUUUAUGCCACCAUGGACCAAAGAAAAUCCUAGUUAUUACCUGGAAUUAAAAGAAGAGCAACCCGUGGGUACUAUAGUGGCAACUUACAAAGCUAUUGAUGAGGACUCUGAUAUUGCUGGAUAUUUGAUACAACCAGAAAGCGACUAUUUCCAAAUUAAUAACGGAACAGGUAUAGUACAGAUAAAAAAGAAGAUCGACUACGAAAAACUCAAAAUACUUAACUUUACAAUCGUCGCAUUUGAUAGUGGAGUACCCCAACUAAAUGCCACUGCUACAGUGUUAGUUAAAGUGCUAAACAUAAAUGAUAAUGAUCCGAUAUUUACAGAAAAGGAAUAUAAAGCAGAAAUCGACGAAAACUCCCCUAACGGUACAUUUGUCGUGGCAGUUAGAGCUGUGGAUAAAGAUGCUGAAAGCUAUGGAGAAGUAAGCUACUUUUUAACUGGAGAACACAGCAUGAAUUUCGCUAUAGACAACGAAACGGGUUACAUCACAGUAGCCAAUUCAAAUUUUCUUGACCAUGAAGUCAUCAAUGAGACUGAAAUACAGGUAGUGGCUCAAGAUGGGGCUCCUAGCCAUGUCAAGAGAUCUGUAACCGUUCCGGUGAGGAUUAGGAUUAGAGAUGUGAACGAUAAUGCUCCGAAGUUUGCUCAUAAAGAAUAUAAUGUAACUGUGAUGGAGAACGUGAGGUUGAAUCCGCCGCUGCCUUUGGUUCAGGUCAAUGCUACAGAUGAAGAUUCUGGUAUGAAUGGGAAUAUACACUACAGUAUAGUAUCGGGAAAUGAUAAUGACAUCUUUCUUCUGGGCGUGGAAACUGGCAUUUUGUACCCUCACAAGUCGUUGUUGGGCCAAACGAGGGAUUUCCAUUUGGCCGUGGUGGCCAGGGACGGAGGCGGCAAUGGGAACGGCAACGGUCAAUUGUUCGACGAAGCCACAAUUAAUGUGCAUGUCUUAAAUGUAAACGAGCAUCGGCCGGAGUUCAUUAUGCCGGCCCUCGCCAACUCCACGGUCGAAGUACUCGAGAACGCAGCAACAGAAAACUACUUAGUAAUGACCGUGAAAGCCGUUGACAAGGAUCAAAAUGAAAAUGGUAGACUCACUUACCAUUUCAAAGUCGACGACGAAAACGUUCAAGAGACUGAAGAGUUUAGUAUCGAUCCCAAGAGUGGGGAACUAAAAACGAGGAAGAGCCUUGAUCGAGAGUUCAAACCAAACUACCAAUUGGUGUUGGUAGCGAGAGACCAUGGCUUUCCUAAAUGGUACGAAACCAUAAGGCAUUUAACUGUUCUAUUAGUAGAUGAAAACGACAACCGACCAGAGUUUCCAGGUUCCAAGUCAACUAAUCCUUACCACUUUUACGUUGUGGAGAACAAUGAAAAGGAUAUAAUGAUAGGUCAAGUGAAAGCCUUGGACAGGGACGAAGGAAUGCAUGCAAAAGUGUACUAUUACCUGAUAUCCGGCAACGAAGACCGCCCCUUUUUCUUAGAUAGGAUCGAUGGAGGCUUGUACGCAAACAAAUCUUUCGACCGAGAAGAGCAAUCAGAAUACAGUCUCCUCAUCAUAGCAACUAACGACCCAAACUACGUAGUCCCUUCGGAACCAGUAGAUCAAGAAGAAACCGAUAGAAGCAUAGCCCACGUCCUCGUCACCAUCCUAGACGUCAAUGACAACCCGCCCACCUUCGAACAACCCGUCUAUUAUUCUGCCGUUAAUGCGAUGGCUAAUAUUAACGAUUUUGUAAUUAACGUUACCGCUACUGAUCCGGACUUCGGAGUGAACGGAUCUAUCACUUAUUAUAUCAAGGCUACCAACUUGUUCAAAUUCAACUCCAACCGAAGCUCAGGGUCUAUCAUUCCUUCGCCUUUCAAUAUUACCGAACAAGGACAGAUUUGCACUGCGACGUAUCUAGCAGAAAACAAUCAACAUAGGUUUAUCAUCGAUAUCAUUGCUAGAGAGAACGCCUUUCCAGAACGAGAAGCAUCCACUAGAGUACACGUUUGGAUCUUUGAACCAGAACAACUGAUUAGAGUAAUCCUAUCGCGACCAAAGGAAGAAGUGAUAAAAGAGAAAGAAGAAAUUUUAGCAGAAUUGAGCAACGCUACACAGAGUCUGGUCAUUAUCGAUAAGAUUAGAUAUCACAUUGAUGAUAAUGGAGUAAAAAAUGAAGACUGGUCCGAUCUCUACAUUCUUGUAGUCAAUCCAAAAACCCAAACGAUCCUGCCAGUUCCAGACGUCUUGAAGACCAUAGACUCGAAGUACGACUUUCUAAAAGACUACUAUGCUGGUUUCGCGAUAGAAAACGUUGUUCCAGCCUUCAUUACAGAAAAAGCCGAAACUUUUGACUCUGCUUUAGUGGCUCUGAUAGCUUUACUAGUAGUGCUGAUUGUUGGUAUUGUCACUUUCAUUAUAAUAUGCUGUUGUUUGCGCCACUGGGUUCUAUCUCCGACGGAUCUCAAGAAGAAAGAUGCUUUAAUUAAGAAGGCUAUCAUCGAUGACUUGAAUACUACUGAGAAUCCCCUCUGGAUAGAGCAAAAACUGAAAAUUUAUGAAGAACAAGAGCUCACGAUGCAAGUAUUCAACGAACCGGAUCCAAAUAUGGUCAACAGAAGAGACAGCGAUGAUUACGUAAACGAAGACAACGCCUAUGCAACAAUCCAACAUCCCACCAGGAGAUCAUCAUCACAUUUGGCACCUAUAAAUGGAGCCGACGACCUGGCAGAUUACGCCACUCUCUCGGGGCAUCCCCAUAAUCGGAAUGGUAGUAAUAAUAGUUCAUUAAGGGGAGGUUCCAAUUACUACGAAGCAGCUAUGGGUUUCCAAGGUUCCACAUUCCAGGUACCAGAGAGACUCAGCAACGAUUAUACUCCAUACGGAGUUAAGUUCGAUGGUUCUGAACUAACCAUCAACAAGAGCCAUCACCAGCCAGAUUACGUAGCAGAACUGAUUUAGUUUACUGACUGUUCAUCAUCAACAACGUGACAAUAUUGACUACCAAGGGAAGUGAUAUGUUCCAGUUGGUUUUUAUUAUUCUUUUUUGUGGGUUACUGAUUCUUUUAGACAGGAAUAGGACAAUUUUAAUUAUUUAUAGUAUUAGAAAAUAUUGACAGGCAUUUGAAAAAUACUCGUAUGUACAGAUAAUGUGAAUUAAUUAUUAACAAUUUGGUGUAAAAAAUGCCAUUUUUUUUAUUUUUUAUACCACUAAAAAGUGUAAUAUUUGAGGUAAACAUACAAAACUGUAUCUUUUAAAACGUUAAAAAAGUGAGAUUUGUCUAAAAUCAAGAAAAUGUUUUAUACCUAUACCUACACUAUUUUUACUACAAAAACACUCUUACGUCAUUCAAGAUUUUUGACGUCAAGACAUUGCCAAAACAUUAAAAUAUUUAUGACUUUUCAUCAUGGCCUUUUCUAUUUAUAGGCAUUCCAACAUGCUGUCAAAAUUAAAUCAAUAUGGCAGCCGGGAGGCAAUCAUAAAUGUUAUUCUAUCAGUUCUUAAUGUGUUUUAUAUCAUUUGAGUUACUUUUCUUUGUAACUUUGUUUCAUACAUGGAUUAAUUUAACACUUUCACUGGAAGAAUUAAUUUAAAAAGAUAAUAUGCCUCAUUUCUGUUUUGUUUUGAAGUGUGGAAUACGAAGUAUUCAUGAUAAAGUUCAGUUUUAUCGGUUACAAUCAGUGCUACAGUGCAUAAAAUAACUAAACAAGUUAUUAUCUGAGAGACAAAAACAUAAAACAACUAAAUUAGUUAUUAUCUGACAGACAAAAACAAUGGUUAAAUGCUAUAAAACGUCCUAUAAAAAUGCUAAAUAACUAUGUCCAUGUUACUUACGCAUGGAAAAUGUCUAAACCGUAGAUUAACUCGGACCCCUUGAGGAAAGUGGACCUAUAUUAUUUAUUUUGACAAUCUUUUGCUUGUACCUACUAACAACAUUUGUAUUUUCUACCAACAACUUUAUAUGCACUCAUGUUUGUUUAUUCACUGCUUAAAACUAAAUAAAGUCGUUCAAGUACUUCUACAACUAAAAACUACAUAAAAUCUACAACAAAAUGUUAGGAAAAUACAACUAAAAAACUGUUAACGUUGAAAAACUUAAGAAACAUGUAGUACAAAUAAUAUAGCAAACACAAUGUUUGACAGUUUGCCUCCCAGCGUUUUCAUAAACAUUAAAGUCUUGGAGGAAUGCCCUGUUGCAGGUUCUAUUCUAAUGUUUUGGUAAUGCUCUAACGUCAGAAAUCUUGAAUGACGUAAGCGUGUUUUUGUAGUAAAAAUAGUAUAGCUCCAAUUAGAAUAUACAGGGUGUUUCAUUAAUAAUUGUCCAUAUAGUAACUGGAGAAACCUUAGCACAAAAUACGAAGAUUUAACCUAAAACACUUAAACAAAAUGUGGUUCCUUACUGAGUUACAGGGUGUUUUAUCUAAAAAUUUAAAAACUAUUUUUGCUCAGCAUAGCUCAGCUAUUCGACGUAUCCUUUUCAUACUUGGCAGGAAGUAUAGGUACUGUACAAACUACUAAAUUAUGUUAAACAUACGUUUCUGUCUAUUACCAGAGGCAUAUGACCGACGGGGGAAAGAGGAUGGUUGACCCUUUGCAAAUUCUACGCCACUGGCGGAAUUGCUAUUUUAGUUCAAUUUUUGGAUUCUCCAAUACUUUCUAUGAAAAUAAUAUACUCUUCAUUCGUAACGAUAAAGUCAUUAAUUUUCGAGAUCUUUGAAGUUAAAAAUGAAACGACACGGUUAUUUUGAUCAGUGUAUUGUGUCGCUUCAUUUUUAAUUUCAAAUAUCUCGAAAACUAAUCAUUUUAUCGUUACGAAUGAAGAGUAUAUUAUUUACAUAACAAGUAUUGAAAAAUAAAAAAAAAUAGACUAAAAUAGCAAUUUCGUCAGUGGGUUUAUAGAAUUUGCGAAGGGUCCACCUGCCACUAUCCCCGGCCGUACGUCUCUGGUAGUAGCUAGAAACGUUUAUUUAUCUUAAUUUAGUAGGGUGUACAGUACCUACACUUUUUGCCAAGUAUGAAAAAGAUACGUCGAAUAGUUUUAAAAUGCUGAAAUUUUUGGCUAGAAAUGCUGGCAAAAAUAGUUUUUAAAUUUUUAGAUAAAACACCCUGUAACUCAGUAAGGAACCAUAUUUUAUUUAAGUGUUUUAGGUUAAAUCUUCGUAUUUUGUGCUAAGGUUUCUCCAGUUACUAUAUGGACAAUUAUUAAUGAAACACCCUGUAUAAAAGACAUUCACUUUCUGACAGAGUAUUUCUUAAUUGUCUGUGCAUUGGUGACGUUUGGGUAUGAAACUGAAGAAGCACUAAAAGUUUUUAAAUAAUUUAAAUAGUGCAUGGGAGUUUCUUUUAUUGGGUUGAACACUGGUUGAUCCCCUUUGGCGUCCUCGCUUUUUAUUUAAUUUUUUUACUUAGUUAUUGUAAAUUGCCAUAUCAUAAUCUUUUACUUUAUUUAUAAUUACUUUUAGAUUUUAUUUAUUUUUAUUUUUUCUAAAAUAAAUAUAACUGUAUACAUUUGUACAUAGAAAAUAAAAAUAUCUUUAUGUAAGAA